AUGGCUUUGUACUGGAUAUCGACCUGGGCCAUAGGGUUUUUGACCCUAUAUCUGGUUGAUGCUACUGCGACGAAUAUCGGUGUCAAAGUUGAUAUGCUUUUCAAGGGAAAUAUUCCAGCAUGGCAAUCAGUCAGCUGGCAAAGGUCACUUCGAGCUUAUAUUGAUGGCGAGGAGUCUGAAGAUUGUUCGAGGAAGGAUAGCUCUGCUAAGGAAAAGGCGAAUCAUCCCAAAAAAGAGAAUUGA